AUGUCAGCCCCAAGAAAACCUAUUAGUUCUUCUGCCAGGAUGCUAAGAAGAGAUAUGCCUGGAACAUCCACCUAUGCCUUAGACACACAACAACUUAUACAAUCAAAUAAAAUCGAUGAAAUUGAUUCUAUGAUGGGUUUUGAAAGGUAUAUCCCGCCAGAAGAAGCAAUAGUAACAACACGUAGAUCUCAAUUUUCUAAACUUAAUAAUAAACAAACCAGUAUAAAUUAUAACUCGGCUGCACAAAUUAAUGCCUUAGAUAUGGAGGGACGUGUGGGGUGGUUGAUUAAUAUGCAUCCAGUAGUAGUAUCUAUGGACACUGUGGCGAGUUCCAAUUCUGUAGAUAAUUCAAUCACACGCAAGGGUAGAGACGGGAAUCUUUUAUCUUUUGCGGUUGCUGGUGUAGACUUUUAUUUUCUUGAUGAGGAAGGUGGUAGUUUUAAAUCCACUUUAACAUAUGAUCCAUACUUUUUCAUAACUGUCACUGAUGAUUCAAUGGUUAGUGAAGUUGAAGAAUAUCUUAAGAAAUUACUAGAAUCAUGUUUAAAAUCUAUCACAGUCGUCACAAAGGAAGAUUUAUCAAUGGACAACCAUUUAUUAGGAUUGAAAAAAACUUUAAUUAAAUUAUCUUUUGUGAACAAUAAUCAAUUAUUUGAAGCAAGAAAGAUCUUACGACCUAUUUUACUAGAUAAUCAAAACACUAUGCAACAGAGGAAUAUAUAUAGCAACCAGCAUAACCAGAAUAGUGGUCCAUUUGAUGCAAGAAGAUUUAUUGAAGAUAUUAGGGAAUAUGACGUUCCUUAUCAUGUUAGAGUUUCCAUAGAUAAAAAUAUUAGAGUAGGAAAAUGGUAUAAAGUGUUGUCACAAGGUUUCCUUGAAUGUGUAGAAAAAGUAGCCUUUGCAGAUCCCGUAGUCCUUGCAUUUGAUAUAGAAACUACAAAGGCCCCUCUAAAAUUCCCAGAUGCAAAUAUAGAUCAAAUAAUGAUGAUAUCUUAUAUGAUUGACGGAGAAGGUUUCUUGAUUACUAACAGAGAGAUCAUCUCUGAAGAUAUAGAAGAUUUUGAAUACACACCAAAACCAGAAUAUCAAGGUAUGUUUACUAUUUUUAAUGAGCCAGAUGAAUUGGCUCUUCUAAAUAAAUUUUUUGACCAUAUUAGAGAUGUACGACCCACAGUAAUAUCUACUUUUAACGGUGAUUUUUUCGAUUGGCCAUUUGUGGAGACAAGAGCUAAAAUUCAUGGUUUAAAUAUGUUUGAUGAAAUUGGGUUUGCUCCUGAUUCAGAAGGUGAAUAUAAAUCAUCUUAUUGUUCGCAUAUGGAUUGUUUCCGUUGGGUUAAACGUGACUCCUAUUUACCGCAAGGGUCGCAAGGUUUAAAAGCUGUUACACAAGCCAAGUUAGGGUACAACCCCAUUGAGUUAGAUCCAGAAUUGAUGACACCAUAUGCUUAUGAAAGACCACAACAAUUAUCUGAAUAUUCUGUGUCUGAUGCUGUUGCUACUUAUUAUCUUUAUAUGAAAUAUGUUCAUCCAUUUAUCUUUUCAUUGUGUACUAUUAUUCCGUUAAAUCCAGAUGAGGUGUUAAGAAAAGGUACAGGUACCCUUUGUGAAAUGUUGUUGAUGGUUCAAGCAUACCAAAAUAAUAUAUUGUUACCAAAUAAGCAUACCGAUCCUAUUGAAAGAUUUUAUGAUGGACAUUUGUUAGAAUCAGAGACUUAUGUUGGUGGUCAUGUGGAAUCUUUAGAGGCAGGUGUGUUCAGAAGUGAUUUAAAGAGUAAAUUCAAAAUCGAUCCUACUGUGAUUGAUGAGUUAUUAGAGGAUUUACCUCAUGCAUUAAAAUUUUGUAUAGAAACAGAAAAUAAAUCAUCAAUGGAAGAUGUUACCAAUUACGAAGAAAUAAGACAAGAUAUCAUGGAUAAGUUAUUAGAUUUAAAAAAUAACAAAAAGAGAGAAGAAUACCCACUAAUUUAUCAUGUUGAUGUGGCUUCCAUGUAUCCUAAUAUUAUGACAACCAAUAGAUUACAGCCAGAUAGUAUCAAAACAGAAAGAGACUGUGCAAGUUGUGAUUUUAACAGACCUGGUAAAACAUGCGCAAGAAGGUUGAAAUGGGCGUGGAGAGGUGAGUUUUAUCCUGCAAAAAUGGAUGAGUACAAUAUGAUUAAAAGAGCAUUACAAAAUGAAACUUUCCCUAACAAAAAUAAAUAUUCUCCAAAACAAUAUUUAACGUUUGAUGAGUUAAGUUAUGCAGAACAAAUGUCACAUAUUAAAAAAAGGUUGAAUGAAUAUUGUAGAAAGAAUUAUAACAGAAUUAAAAGCUCUGAGGUAGUUGAAAGAGAAGCAAUCGUUUGUCAAAGGGAAAAUCCAUUCUAUGUGAAUACGGUGCGUUCUUUCCGUGAUAGAAGAUAUGAGUUUAAAGGUCUAGCGAAAACAUGGAAAGGUAAAAUGGCUAAGAUUGAUUCUCAUGAUAAACACGCUAAAGAUGAGGCCAAGAAAAUGGUUGUGUUAUAUGAUUCGUUACAAUUGGCACACAAGGUUAUUUUGAAUUCCUUCUAUGGUUAUGUAAUGAGAAAAGGUUCCCGUUGGUAUUCGAUGGAAAUGGCAGGUAUUACUUGUUUGACAGGUGCAACUAUUAUUCAAAUGGCUAGGUCGGUAGUAGAACGAGUUGGUAGACCGUUGGAAUUAGAUACAGAUGGUAUUUGGUGUAUUUUACCCAAAUCUUUUCCUGAAAAUUAUUUUUUCAAAUUGAAAAAUGGUAAAAAAUUGUUUUUAUCUUAUCCAUGCUCCAUGCUAAAUUAUAAAGUUCAUCAAAGAUUUACUAAUCAUCAAUAUCAAGAACUGAUAGAUCCAAUUAAGCAUAAAUAUAAGACUCACUCAGAAAAUUCUAUUUUCUUUGAAGUUGAUGGUCCUUAUAAGGCAAUGAUUUUACCAACCUCGAAGGAAGAAGGGAAAGGUAUUAAAAAAAGAUACGCAGUUUUUAACGAAGAUGGAUCCUUGGCUGAAUUAAAGGGUUUUGAAUUGAAAAGACGUGGUGAAUUGCAAUUAAUUAAGAAUUUCCAAAGUGAUAUCUUUAAACUGUUUUUAGAAGGGGAUUCUUUAGAGAGUUGUUAUGCUGCAGUGGCAAAUGUUGCAAACAGAUGGCUGGAUGUUCUUGACACAAAAGGUGCUAUGCUUGAAGAUGAGGAUUUAAUAGAGUUGAUUUGUGAAAAUAGAAGUAUGUCAAAGACAUUACAGGAAUAUGAGGGACAAAAAUCUACCUCAAUUACAACAGCAAAAAGAAUAGGUGAAUUCUUAGGUCCAGAUAUGGUUAAGGAUAAGGGUUUGCAAUGUAGAUAUAUUAUAAGUCAUAAGCCUGCAGAUGCUCCUGUUACAGAACGUGCAAUUCCUGUAGCUAUUUUUUCAGCGGAGAUUUCUGUUAAACGGUCUUUCUUAAGGCGUUGGACCUUAGACCAUAGUCUGGACAAUUUCGAUAUAAGAUAUAUUAUCGAUUGGGCCUACUACAGGGAAAGACUUGCUUCAACAAUUCAGAAGAUUAUUACUAUACCUGCAGCUCUUCAAGAUGUAGACAAUCCUGUACCUAGAGUUGAACACCCAGAUUGGCUAAAGAAAAAAAUACAUGUCAGGAAUGAUAAAUAUAAGCAAACUUCUCUGUCAAAAUUUUUUAACAAGGCGGAUGAGGCACCGGAAUCAGGUAAAAUUAAAGAUAUCGAAGACUUAUUUAGAAGUAAUGAUACAGACCACCAAGAUAUUAAGAAGAAAUCAGUAGCUAGAGUUAUAGUUACUAAAACACAAAAACGUAAAAAUAUGCAUGAAUCAGGUGACGAAGCGCUUGUUUUACCUUCCGUAAUGCCAUCAAUGGAAGAGGAUUACCAAUCAUGGCUAGAAUAUCAAAAGAUAAAAUGGAAAAUACAGGCGAGAGAUCGUAAACGUAAAACACAAUUAUUUGGUAAUAUUAACAAUAAAUCAUAUAGGUCUGCUCUUGGAUCUAUGGUUAGAAAGCAAGCAGAAAUCUAUGCUAAUUCUACAUGGGAAGUUCUUCAAUAUAAACAAAGUACAGAGCCAGGUAAAUUAGAUGUGUACGUUUUGAUUAAUGGUAAAAUUCAAGUUUUGAAUUUCAAGAUACCUAAGACAAUCUAUAUCAAGUGUAAAUCAGGCAAUUUACCUCUUGAUAAACUGAAAAAUUGUUUGGUAGAAAAAAGCAAUGCUAUUCUUCCGAAUAACCCAAAUAUUCCAAAUGGUUCAAUGAAUUUAUUUAAAGUCACACUUCCUGAGACAGUGUUCAUGGAGGAAAUGGAAGCAUGUGGUAGUAUAUUGAAUGGUGAAAAUGUAUUAGGUGUAUUUGAAAGUUCAAUAAGUACGGUGAACAGAGCCAUUAUCGAGUUGGGUUCUUCAGUAGUAUUUAAAAGUAACAUAAUGGGUUCCUUGGGUAAAGGUUUACAGAAUGGGUUUGAUAUGAAAAACUUAAAUAUGGUUCCGAAUGAAAGAUACAUGUCUAAAUUUAGUAAUGACUUUGUUUUCAUUUUGCAUUGUGCAACAAAUAUUGGGUAUGAAUUUUUCGUUGUUUCUGAAUUGUGGGAUGAUUCUGUUACGAUAUUUACAUUGAAACCAUCAAUUCAAGCACUGGAAUUAAAUCAAGUUACUUUGACAAAAAUAUUUAAAAAAGCUUUUGAAUUACGAAAGUCAAAAAUACAACAGUAUUCAAAAAUAUCAAACCUAUCUGAUAAAGUGGUCUUUGAUGUCAAGAAUUACACAGACAUCGAUAAAUUAACAAGACAUUUAACUCAGCAAAUUGGUAAAAUUAAGGAAGAAAAGGGGCAGCAAUUUAUUACUCUUGUACAAUCACCUUUUUGCGAUACUUUAAUUAGAAAUGUGAAAUAUUUAAGAACGUUACCUGUGAUUAGCAUUUCAUCAAGAGAAUUGCAGCUGCCACAAUUAAACUGGCAGGUUAAGUUAUGUACAAGUAUUGUUGGUCAGCUUCUAUCAUGUAGUUCUAGAAUCAGUCAAAUGAUUAAAGUCGCCCAAUAUAGUAACAUUCCUGUUUGUAAUAUUCAAUUAAACGACAUCAAUUCAGUGAUAGAUAUUUUGUAUGCUAGAAAGUUAAAACAUGAAAAUAUUGUAUUAUGGUGGAAUGAAAAUGGGCCAUUACCUGACAUUGGAGGAUUUGAGAAGAAUUAUGAUGAAACUCUAUCCUCUAUGAUGGGGGAUCUUACUUUCCCACAGAUCAAUUCACCAAAUAUUUAUGAUCAAACAGUGUUAGAAGUAUCUGUCAGAAAUUUGACUAUCAAUACAGUUAUGGUGUCUUCAUUAAUUACAGAGGCAGAGGGGAUUGAUUUAGCUAAUGUAGAUAUGGUAUUAAGUGAUGAGGUUAAUGGUGAUAGUUCGAAUUUUGUCCAAGAUUCCUUCGGUUCAGAUGCCUUGAAUGUAUUGAAAAAUACUGUUAAAACAUGGUGGGAUGAGGCGUUAGAAGAUAAUUUCACUGCGGAUUUAUUAGUGAAUUCAUUUAUUAACUGGGUUCAAAAUCCUUACUCCAAAUUAUUUGAUUGUGUUUUAAGAUACCAUAUACACAACUUGACACAGAAGACAAUUCUACAAUUGAUAAAUGAAUUUGAUUCUUUAGGUUCUAGUGUCAUAUAUGCUGAUAGGAACAAAAUAUUAAUAAAGACUAAAAAGUAUUCGCCAGAAAAUUGCUAUGCUUAUAGUCAAUAUAUUAUGAAAGCGGUAAAAGCUAAUCCUGUGUUUAAAUAUCUUGAUUUGCAAAUUGAGAAAUAUUGGGAUAUACUUAUCUGGAUGGACAAGUAUAAUUUUGGUGGUUUGGCAUGUCUUCAAAUUGAAGCUAAAGAUAAACAAGAUAUGGAUGCAUAUUCUAACUGGCAAAUUAGUAGCGCUUUACCUGCUAUUUAUAGAACCGAAUUCGAUGAUUGGAUGGUUAUUAUCUUAGAUAGUUUAUUGAAGACAAAGGAAAACUACCUAGAAAGUAACAUUAGCACCCAAAGAGUUACGCAAUUAAUCCCACAAAACUUGAUGCAAGUUAAAAAAAAAGAAGAAGAAUGA